AUGAUCUAUAGAUCGCAUAGUGGACCCGGGAACACGGCGGACCCAACAAUACUUUCGAGUCUCAAUCUUGAAACUUAUCCUAAGCAAGCAACAUCUAAAUUUAUUGUAAAAUUCUAUCUUCAAAAUGUUUAUUGGUCCAGUUCAGAAGGAGCAUUUGCACAACAUGAUCCUGGGUUGCGGUUGGCCAUGUGGAUCUUUGAGCAGCCCGUGCGAUACCAGCGGGAGCUGCUAAAAUCAACAGCUAGUUUGUUGCUCUUUGGACAUGGACCAAUGCAUGAAGAAGGGACGUCUCUUAUAGUCAAUUCGAACAACUAGUACACAAAAUAGAUGUUAAAUAUAAAUAAACUUUAUUAACGGACUAAAGCUUAAAA